GAGAAGACCAAAGUUGUUGAGCCCUUGGACUAUGAGAAUGUUAUCACCCAAAGAAAAACCCAGAUUUACAGUGAUCCCCUCAGAGACCUGCUUAUGUUUCCAAUGGAAGAUAUAUCCAUCUCGGUGAUAAGUCGUCAACGCAGAACAGUACAAUCCACUGUACCAGAAGACGCUGAGAAAAGGGCCCAGAGUUUGUUUGUCAAAGAGUGUAUUAAAACCUACAGCACAGAUUGGCAUGUGGUAAACUACAAGUAUGAAGAUUUCUCUGGGGACUUUCGGAUGUUGCCAUGCAAAUCUCUGAGACCAGAAAAGAUUCCCAGUCAUGUGUUUGAAAUUGAUGAGGACUGUGAAAAAGAUGAGGAUUCAUCUUCUUUAUGUUCUCAGAAGGGUGGUGUGAUAAAACAAGGCUGGUUGCAUAAAGCGAAUGUAAAUAGCACCAUCACGGUUACCAUGAAGGUAUUCAAAAGACGGUAUUUUUACUUAACUCAACUUCCUGAUGGUUCAUAUAUUCUCAAUUCCUAUAAAGAUGAGAAAAAUUCAAAAGAAUCUAAAGGUUGCAUCUACUUGGAUGCCUGCAUUGAUGUUGUUCAGUGCCCCAAAAUGCGUCGUCAUGCUUUUGAACUCAAGAUGUUAGAUAAGUACAGCCAUUAUCUGGCUGCUGAAACUGAGCAGGAGAUGGAGGAAUGGUUGAUAACUUUGAAAAAAAUUAUUCAGAUCAAUACCGACAGUUUAGUGCAAGAGAAAAAGGAGACAGUAGAAACAGCACAAGAUGAUGAAACUAGCAGCCAAGGAAAAGCCGAGAACAUCAUGGCCAGUUUGGAAAGGAGCAUGCAUCCGGAACUGAUGAAGUAUGGAAGAGAAACUGAACAGCUGAACAAACUCAGUAGAGGAGAUGGAAGACAAAACCUCUUUUCUUUUGAUUCGGAAGUUCAGAGGUUGGACUUCUCAGGAAUUGAACCUGAUAUAAAGCCAUUUGAAGAAAAGUGCAAUAAACGUUUCCUGGUAAAUUGCCAUGAUUUAACUUUCAAUAUCUUGGGUCAAGUUGGAGACAAUGCAAAAGGACCACCCACAAACGUCGAACCAUUUUUUAUCAAUCUUGCCUUAUUUGAUAUAAAGAACAAUUGUAAGAUUUCAGCUGACUUCCACAUAGACCUGAAUCCUCCAUCUGUCCGCGAAAUGCUGUGGGGCACUUCAACCCAACUGGCCGGUGAUGGAAAUGCAAAAUGCUCUUCACCCGAGUCUUUCAUUCACGGAAUUGCUGAAUCUCAUUUACGCUACAUAAAACAGGGAAUUUUCUCAGUGACGAAUCCACAUCCUGAAAUUUUUCUUGUUGCUCGAAUUGAAAAGGUGCUCCAGGGAAACAUUACGCACUGUGCAGAGCCCUACAUCAAAAAUUCAGAUCCAGCAAAGACAGCCCAGAAGGUGUACAGGACAGCUAAGCAAGUGUGCAGCCGCCUUGGACAAUACAGAAUGCCCUUUGCCUGGGCUGCCAGACCAAUUUUCAAAGAUAUUCAAGGCUCUCUGGAUCUGGAUGGGAGAUUUUCUCCUUUGUAUAAACAAGACAGUAGCAAGCUUUCAAAUGAAGACAUUCUCAAGUUCCUCUCAGAAUACAAGAAGCCAGAGAAGACCAAAUUGCAGAUUAUUCCUGGGCACCUAAACAUCACCAUAGAAUGUGUUCCUGUGGAUUUAUCAAAUUGUAUUACUUCUUCAUAUGUGCCCCUGAAGCCUUUCAAAAAGAAUUGUCAGAAUAUUACUGUGGAGGUUGAAGAGUUUGUUCCAGAAAUGACAAAAUAUUGUUAUCCAUUUACUAUUUACAAAAACCAUCUGUAUGUAUAUCCCUUGCAAUUAAAAUACGACAGCCAGAAAACAUUUGCCAAGGCAAGGAACAUUGCGGUCUGUGUGGAAUUCCGGGAUUCAGAUGAAAGUGAUGCCAGAGCUCUAAAGUGUAUUUAUGGAAAACCUGCAGGGUCUGUUUUCACCACAAAUGCUUAUGUUGUUGUUUCACAUCACAACCAAAAUCCUGAGUUCUAUGAUGAGAUUAAAGUUGAGCUUCCCAUUCACUUGCAUCAAAAACAUCAUUUGCUUUUUACUUUUUAUCAUGUAAGUUGUGAAAUUAACACAAAGGGAACAACCAAAAAGCAGGACACAGUUGAAAUUCCAGUUGGCUUUGCCUGGGUACCUUUGCUGAAGGAUGGCAGAAUCAUCACAUUUGAGCAGCAGCUGCCAGUUUCAGCCAAUCUUCCCCCAGGCUACUUGAACUUGAAUGAUGAAGAAUCAAGAAGGCAGUCUAAUGUGGAUAUAAAGUGGGUAGAUGGUGCAAAGCCUUUGCUGAAGAUUAAAAGCCACUUAGAGUCUACUAUUUACACUCAAGAUCUACAUGUGCACAAAUUCUUCCAUCAUUGCCAGCUGAUUCAGUCAGGCUCAAAAGAAGUUCCAGGAGAGCUCAUUAAAUAUUUAAAGUGUUUGCAUGCUAUGGAGAUCCAAGUCAUGAUACAGUUUCUACCUGUGAUUCUUAUGCAACUCUUCCGAGUUCUCACAAAUAUGACCCAUGAAGAUGACGUUCCUAUCAACUGCACCAUGGUUCUCUUACAUAUUGUAUCAAAGUGCCAUGAAGAAGGCUUGGAUAAUUAUUUAAGAUCCUUCAUAAAGUAUAGCUUCCGACCUGAAAAACCAAGUGCUCCUCAAGCCCAGCUAAUUCAUGAAACUCUGGCUACUACAAUGAUAGCAAUAUUGAAACAGUCUGCAGACUUUUUAGCAAUAAACAAAUUGCUAAAGUACUCAUGGUUUUUCUUUGAAAUUAUUGCAAAGUCUAUGGCCACAUACUUGUUGGAAGAGAAUAAAAUUAAGCUUCCUAGAGGCCAGAGAUUUCCUGAAGCAUAUCAUCAUGUCUUACAUUCCUUGCUUCUUGCAAUAAUUCCCCACGUGACUAUUCGCUAUGCAGAGAUUCCUGAUGAGUCCAGAAAUGUCAAUUAUAGUUUGGCUAGCUUCCUGAAGCGCUGUUUGACACUAAUGGAUAGAGGAUUUGUUUUCAAUUUGAUAAAUGACUAUGUAUCUGGAUUCAGCCCCAAAGAUCCUAAGAUUCUAGCUGAAUAUAAGUUUGAAUUUCUGCAAACAAUUUGCAAUCAUGAACAUUACAUUCCUCUGAAUUUGCCAAUGACUUUUGCAAAACCUAAACUUCAGCGAGUUCAAGAUUUUUUUUCAUUUGCGGUGGACCAUUUGACUUCAGUAGAUUCAAAUCUUGAAUACAGUUUAUCAGAUGAGUAUUGCAAACAUCACUUCUUGGUUGGUCUACUUCUGAGGGAAACCUCCAUUGCUCUUCAAGACAAUUAUGAGAUCAGAUAUACAGCUAUCUCUGUCAUAAAGAAUCUUUUGAUAAAACAUGCAUUUGACACUAGAUACCAGCACAAGAACCAGCAAGCCAAAAUAGCACAAUUGUAUCUCCCAUUCAUUGGACUGCUUUUGGAAAAUAUACAGCGAUUAGCAGGUCGAGAUACCUUGUAUUCUUGUGCAGCCAUGCCUCAUUCUGCAUCCAGGGAUGAAUUUGCAUGUGGCUUCACUUCACCUACAAUUAGAGGGAGUCUGAGCACUGACAAAGACACCGCUUAUGGAUCUUUUCAAAAUGGACAUGGAAUUAAGAGAGAAGACUCAAGAGGUUCCCUCAUCCCAGAAGGAGCAACAGGAUUUCUAGAUCAGGGCAGCACUGCUGAAAAUACCCGACAGAGUUCUACAAGGAGCAGUGUAUCCCAGUAUAACCGAUUAGAUCAGUAUGAAAUCAGAAGCCUCCUGAUGUGUUACCUGUAUAUAGUAAAAAUGAUUUCUGAAGAUACUCUCUUAACUUACUGGAAUAAAGUAUCUCCUCAGGAGCUCAUAAACAUUCUCAUACUUCUAGAAGUAUGUUUGUUUCACUUUAGAUAUAUGGGGAAAAGAAACAUAGCAAGGGUACAUGAUGCCUGGUUGUCAAAACACUUUGGAGUAGACCGAAAAUCGCAAACCAUGCCAGCUCUGCGAAACAGAUCAGGAGUAAUGCAGGCCCGGCUCCAGCAUCUUAGUAGCCUGGAAAGUUCAUUUACACUUAAUCACAGUUCUACAACAACUGAAGCAGACAUUUUCCAUCAGGCACUUCUUGAAGGCAAUACUGCCACUGAAGUUUCUCUAACAGUACUAGAUACCAUAUCAUUUUUCACCCAGUGCUUCAAGAGCCAACUUUUGAAUAACGAUGGCCACAACCCAUUAAUGAAAAAAGUAUUUGAUAUUCAUCUUGCUUUUCUUAAGAAUGGACAAUCUGAAGUGUCGCUGAAACAUGUAUUUGCCUCAUUGCGUGCUUUCAUUAGUAAGUUUCCCUCAGCCUUUUUCAAAGGAAGAGUAAACAUGUGUGCCGCAUUUUGCUAUGAGGUUUUAAAGUGCUGCACCUCAAAAAUUAGCUCAACUAGGAAUGAAGCAUCUGCACUUUUGUAUCUUCUGAUGAGAAACAACUUUGAAUAUACCAAAAGGAAAACCUUUUUGAGGACACAUCUGCAGAUAAUAAUUGCUGUAAGCCAGCUGAUAGCUGAUGUAGCACUAAGUGGAGGAUCAAGAUUUCAGGAGUCUUUAUUCAUUAUUAAUAAUUUCGCAAAUAGUGACAGACCGAUGAAGGCAACUGCAUUUCCCACAGAAGUCAAAGACUUGACCAAGAGAAUCCGUACCGUUCUUAUGGCCACUGCUCAAAUGAAGGAACAUGAGAAAGACCCUGAAAUGUUAAUUGAUCUCCAGUAUAGCUUAGCCAAGUCCUAUGCAAGCACCCCAGAGCUCAGGAAAACCUGGCUAGAUAGCAUGGCCAAGAUUCAUGUAAAAAAUGGAGAUUUUUCAGAGGCAGCAAUGUGUUAUGUCCAUGUAGCAGCUUUGGUUGCAGAGUUUCUUCAUCGAAAAAAAUUAUUCCCUAAUGGAUGUUCAGCCUUCAAGAAAAUUACUCCCAAUAUAGAUGAAGAAGGAGCAAUGAAAGAAGAUGCUGGAAUGAUGGAUGUCCAUUAUAGUGAAGAAGUUUUGCUGGAGUUGCUAGAACAAUGUGUGGAUGGCUUAUGGAAAGCAGAACGUUAUGAAGUAAUCUCUGAGAUUUCCAAAUUGAUUAUUCCAAUUUAUGAGAAACGUCGUGAGUUUGAGAAACUUACUCAAGUUUAUAGAACUCUUCAUGGAGCUUACACAAAAAUUCUGGAGGUUAUGCACACAAAAAAAAGACUGUUAGGCACUUUCUUCAGAGUUGCUUUUUAUGGCCAAUCUUUUUUUGAAGAAGAGGAUGGAAAGGAGUACAUCUACAAAGAGCCAAAGCUCACUGGCCUCUCAGAGAUUUCCCUGAGACUUGUUAAACUCUAUGGGGAAAAAUUUGGUACAGAGAAUGUCAAAAUAAUUCAGGAUUCAGACAAGGUAAAUGCCAAAGAGCUUGAUCCAAAAUACGCUCAUAUCCAAGUUACUUAUGUGAAGCCCUACUUCGAUGACAAAGAACUCACAGAAAGAAAGACUGAGUUUGAAAGAAACCAUAAUAUCAACAAGUUUGUUUUUGAGGCUCCUUAUACAUUAACAGGCAAAAAGCAAGGCUGCAUAGAAGAACAGUGCAAACGACGUACAGUCUUGACUACUUCAAACUCAUUUCCGUAUGUGAAGAAGAGGAUCCCUAUAAACUAUGAACAGCAGAUUAAUUUAAAGCCAAUUGAUGUUGCUACGGAUGAAAUAAAAGAUAAAACUGCAGAGCUGCAAAAGCUUUGCUCUUCUGCUGAUGUGGACAUGAUCCAGCUUCAACUUAAAUUGCAGGGCUGUGUUUCAGUGCAGGUAAAUGCUGGUCCAUUAGCAUAUGCAAGGGCUUUCUUAAAUGACAGUCAAGCCAGCAAGUAUCCACCUAAGAAAGUCAGUGAGUUGAAAGACAUGUUUAGGAAAUUCAUACAGGCAUGCAGCAUUGCACUUGAACUAAAUGAGCGGCUAAUUAAAGAGGAUCAAAUUGAGUACCAUGAAGGGCUAAAGUCAAAUUUCAGAGAAAUGGUGAAAGAAUUGUCUGACAUUAUCCAUGAGCAGAUAUUGCAAGAAGACACAAUGCAUUCUCCCUGGAUGAGCAACACAUUACAUGUAUUUUGUGCAAUUAGUGGUACAUCAAGUGACAGAGGCUAUGGUUCCCCAAGAUAUGCUGCUGAAAUAUGAGGACGUGCAGAUGUAAAGUGAACGAGAUUAACCUUUCUCGGGAAUAUUUGGAGCUGUGCAAAUGUUAAAAUUUAAGGAUUUGAUAAACAUGGAGUAUUUUCUUCUGACACCAAAAUGUUCAUGCUUUCAAACAGGGUGCUUACUUAUUUGUAAAUAUUUAAGCAAAUUGGAAGUGCCUGGAAAAUUGCACCACUGUGUUUGGUUUGUACUUUUUUAGGUAAAUCUAUAUACUUGGAAUUAGAGCUCAAAAAGCAUGAAUUCUAAUUGCUUAAUUAUUGCUUACAAUAAUAAUGGUACUAUGUAAAAUUGUAUAAUGGAACACAAUAAAAGGUAAAACUUAUUUGUAAUUAGAAGUGAAGGAAAUAAUACUUUGAACUCAGCAUUUUUCUUGACAGAAAGCUCAAUUCAUUAUCAUACUAAUCCUUGGAGGAAAAAAAUGAUCAAAUUUCCAUAAAACAUGGGUAUUUCAGAUUGGGAAGAUAUUUUGAAAUCUUGCCUAGUAUUCAAAUCUGGGCCAAAGGAAACGAAAGCAUUAUUUAAAAAGGAAAAUUUCUAAAAGUACAUAUAUAAAAAUACCAAACUUCCAGUUUUGAUCUGAUGAUGCCAGAUAAUUGAGUUGAUCUCCUCCAAUAUACAAGACAAGGGAUUGACAUGUGGCGUGAGUUUCCCUAGCAAGCAGCAUUUGUGGCCAGAGCUUCAUCAUCCGACUCUAUCCAUAAAGUAAACAAAGCAUUUCUGAGGAUUUGUAGUCAUUACAUACUAUGCAGUUUGAAAGUUUUACCAACAGGGCUUGAGGUAGGCAUUUGUAGUGAUUACUGUCUUCAGUUCAGUUUAACAAGUAUUUUGAUAGAACUUAAUAGUUGCAGCAUUUCUUGGGUCAGUAUACAUAACCAUCAGAGACUCCGCAACUGCUCGUCAGGGAUUACAUUUCUAACAAUGAAGAAAUCUCAGACUACCUUAAUAAUUCAUGAGAAACCAAGAUGUGAAGAAGUAUUUUAACUUGAAGUAUCUAUAUAAUUUUGGUUGCCUUUCAUGUUAACUUUAAGUUUUAGACUUAUUUCUCUUAUGUAGGUUAGCCUAUUAAAAAAAAAAGACACUGAAAUAUAAAUGGAUUUUAUGGAGCCUUGGCUUUUUAACUACUUUGUGAUCAAGUAAAUCUUAGAGAUUAUGCUCCUCGCUUGGUGAUUUUUUUUCUUUACAUGUCAUUUUUAAGCUUUCAAGGGAGCAUGAAACCAUUUAUUGAAGGUUAAUUUUAUAUUUCAAUAGGGGAUACAGAAAUUUCAGAGGCAGUUUGUAAUUCCUUAAUGUCUUAGAGUAACCUGUAGAGUUAGUUUCACCUUUAAAGUGAAUAUAUUUAGUAUGGAUGUAUAAAGGGCUGUCACCUAGAGUGAGUGCUGCCAUCUGAAAAUGAGGCAUCUUGGGGAAAGUCCAGUGCUCUUUUGUCAGUAAUUAGACCCUAUCACAUCCCAAGCACGGUGUUGUGCACUGUGGGUAAUUUUUAAGUAUAAUAAAUGGCCCUUGCCUUAAAGAACUUGCAAUCUACUUGGGGAGGCAAGAUAUACACAAAAUGAAAUAAUAUAAGAAUUAACAAUAUAAGAGAAGAAAAGUUGUAUAUGAGCAUUGCCAAAUGAAUGACAUUAUCCACAACUUACCACAUUCAAGGAAUGAGAGGUUACUGUAAAUUUUAAUGUUCAGGGAUGGUUUCAUGGACAAAAGUGAGCCUUGAACAGGCUUUCUAAAUGAGAGGGUGUACUGGACAGGCGUAACAUCAUGAGCCAAGAUGCAAAAAGAAUUAGCAGAAGUUCAGAAGGUAACGAGACCAAUUUUGUUCAAGGGAGUGGUAGAUGAUAAAUCUAGAAAGAAAAUGUGGACCUAGAUCUUGGAGGGCCUUAAAUGCCAGGCUAGUAGUGUUUAGACUUUACCCAGUAAGCAUGGGGGGAGCAAGUCAAGGUUUUUAAAGAGAUUACUUGAUCAAAUGUUAUUUUUAGAGAUUUAAUCCUUUAUAUUGCUGCCAGAUGUAUUUAGGCUGAGAGAGAUGAAAAUAUGGAAACCCAUUAGACAGUUACUGCAGUAUUUCAGUUAUGAGUCCACAGACCCCUAGAUAUGAACAAGAAAGGACAAGAGAUAUGUGAUUUGAACAUUGAACUGGGAAUAAAAUUGUGGUAUCAAAUGAAAACAUAAGACUGAGAAUUACCAAUGCUAAAUAAAAUAUAGCUUAAUGAAAACAAA